AAUAGCAUGCCAGGUGUGUAUGCCACCUGUGAUGUGGUGUAUAGGGGGGGAUGAACACUUUGGGAAUGGGUGAUAAAAUGAAUCUUAUGCAAUCUUUAACCAGGGAGUUCAAUCUCUCUGCACUAGAAGGACCUCCCAUAACUUCAAAUAGUCUAAAUGCACCAGUAAGAUGAAGAUUGGUGAAUGCUGUUUUAUUAAAUGAAUGUAAAAGCUAGAGGAUCUCAUUAAAGGAAUUCUUGCAGUGGUGACUUGUGAUUUAUAGGGAAGUUGCUUUUGAGAGGUUAGUGAAGAAAAAUGCAUCCCAUGCAGGGAAAGAUAUAUUGCCUGAGAGAGGAAAUGUAUGAUCUAAUUAGCUAGCAGUAGGAAUUCACUCACUGCCCCUUUCCCUCUUUCCACAGGCCAUGCCUAGAAUUAGAAAAGAGAUUGUGUCUAAAGCAUGUUUCCCAACUUGUAUUUUACAGGACUAUUUCAAGCACUAAUGUAGACACAAUUUAAUGUCCUUCAAAAUGGUAUGUUUGACAAUAACAAUCUCUGUCCUUUCAAGUGCAUUUUAAAAGCAUAAUAUAUUGUCCUUCCUGGCUAAUGUGCUAUAAUACCAGCAUGAGGCAGGUGAUGCUUGUUGCUAUUUUCCUAGCUUAUUUGUGACCUUGGCUGUAGAGGCUAGUAGUGAAGAGUGGGUAGAGAACAUGGGAGCCAGAUAUGGGAAGGCUGUGAAAAAUAGUUUUGUGUCUGUGUGAAGGAGUUUAGGGUAGUGAGUAGGUGAGCUGGACAAGCAGGAUGAGUAAGAGUCUGAAGACAUUAUUUUCUCUUACUGUGUUCAGUAACUGUUGCAGUCACAUGUGUAGGGUGAGGAUGCAUGUUUGCUGCUUAUAGCCUUAGCAUCAUGCUGAAUUACAAAUGCUGUGGAAAACAAUGGGAGGAAGGCAGAAAGCCUGUCUGCUGACCAGGAAGCUUGACUAGGAGCUUCUUACAGCUCCUAUACUUUGUCCAGCUGUGCAGUGCUGCAGGUGCUCAGCAUGGGUGUUUACAACCCAAAAGAGACCCAGCUCAACCAAAACUGAAAUUUCAAAAGAAGGGGAAAGAAACAAACAGGCUUUUAUCCAUUUUUAGAGAUUCAUAUUCCUUCUUUUUCCUGCUCACUUGUUUGAUUAGAGAGAUCCUUGGAGACCCUCCUUACCUUUCCUUUGGUCCUCAUGGUUCUGCUGAACAGAAUCCCUGUUAUACUUGUGCCCUGCUUUACUUAGCUUGAUACAUCACCAACCGAUUAUUUUUUUUUUAUCCUUCUAAUUUCUGCAUUAUCUAUUCCCAAGGCUGCAAGACAUUUCUUCUUAGAGAGAUUAAUAGACAAAAGAAAACAAAAGUGGAAUUUUUAGUCAAAUUGUCUUGGAAAAAAGAACCCUAAGAAGUGACAUUUCAAAAUUUUACUGGAAAUUCAUUUGUGUAAAGUUGUCAUAUUAAAAGUGUUUUUAUGGUUUGUUUUGUCUUGCAAGACAUUCUACUGUGGAGUGAAAUGCAGAAAGAUCAGAUUUUAUUGUGAGAGUUAAUAGGAGUUUCAAAGCUGAUCAUACUGUGAUAAGAUCUGUUCAAUCUUAACACUGGAAUGGUCACUGCUGUUAAUAAUAAAGCAUUAAAUGUACUGAAAUGGUGCUGUCAGAACAGUUUCUUAUAGAGAUUUGUUCAUUUUAGAGACAUAAAACUUAAGAAAGGACAUCUUUCAGAAAACUGAUCUGAUAAAUGGCACCAUUUGGACCAGGCUAGUUUCUGAUAUAACUUCAGUGACUUAAAGGGCUGGAUUUAGUCUUUUAUGCCAAUUGACUCCCCUGGGUAAGCUUCAUUUCUUUAUGCACUAUACAUCUUGGACCAAUCUGACCCGAUAGCAAAAGACACAUGAUGUUGUUGAAAAUGAAAUACUGCCUUGGGGCAGAAGGAUAAACUGUGUGGCCUCCUGAGGUCCUCCCGGCAAUACUUUCUAUAAUUCUAUUAGAUUAAAUGGGGAAAGAAGUAGCGUGGAAAGCACAAAACAGGCUAAGUCAUAAACUAGCAAUUAAACUGGGAGCUGGGCUGGGCAACAGCAGAAAAUGUACAAUCUAUCCCAAUUAAGAGCUGUAUCUCAAGAGAAACCAGGAUCCUGACGCAGGUGCUGACAGCAGGAAAAACACUGCAUUUCUGUUCUGUAUGCAGCAACUGCUUUCUACUGGUGCUUACACAGAUUCAUGGGUGUCCAUACCCUGCUCAAGACUGUGCUCUGCUUUUAAUAAUUACUGUAUCUAUGAUGUUCAGGUGGCAACUGUUUGCAGUUGUUGUCUCAUCUGCCUGUAUAAAGCCAGCAGUAUGAUGGCAGGUUUUCUGCUAGUAGCAGGAAGACAUUCCUGUUCUUGAUGCCUGCAUGAUGGGACCCCUCUCUCCCCAUGCGUUCUCAGUCCUUCUUUUCCUAUCUCAUAUCCACUUCCUGAUGGAGAAUAUCCACCUCUGCUUGUUCUUAGCAAGUAAUUUUUCUGUCUUGCAGAUGGUACUCUACAGAAGCUGGGGCUAAGGGACUUCUAGGACCUUUUGCAGCAGAGGUGGAUUCUGAGCAGGAGCAUAUUGUCCCCUGCAACGUCUCUUCUUAGCCUAAGGGCACAUCAUCUCAGCUUCUUGCAUCCUAUUUCUUCCUCCUGCUGUCAUCUUGCCUUGAGAACAAUGUCUUCUUUGCCCUUGACUCUGUUGACCUGGAACAACAAUGCUUGGCGAGGGAGAAAGAAAAGAGAAAUAUCAAGUCUUUUCAGGGCUCUCUAGUUUUUGUGAUUCCCUGUUUAAGUCACCUGAGAGAUGGGGAUGUUGCUCAGUCUAGAGUGUAAUUUCUUGGCAGGAGACCCCCAGCUGAGUCCUGGCAGCCUCAUCUUGGCUCUUCAGAGCUUGCUGCAGUGUAACUUUCACAGACACUGGCUGUUCUCAUUCUGACUUGGAGUUUUAUUUGUUGGGGUUUUUUUCACUCCUUGGGGGUCUUCCUCUCUUUUGUCACAGCUUCACAUAUUUCCUCCCCUAGAGCUGUUUCUCAAGAGAAGCCUCGAAUUGCUCUCUUUCCUGGUCUCUGAGAUCAAAUCCAAAUCUGGCAAUGUUUAAAAGGGAAAUAUGACAGACCCUACAUGUCAAGCUGGGGUCAGGGAUGGGGUCAGUUUGAUGAGUUUCCCUCCAGCCAGAUAUGCAUCAGUUGGAGAAAUGUGGAGCCUGUAAUCUUCUACUAAUCAAGUACUGGAAAAAUAAACCUUAUGAGGACUUUGAGUUAAGCACUGUGAGCAGAAUAGGUGUAUAGGCAGAACUGAUCAGCUGCUGUGCCCCAAACAGGGGAAAUGCAGGAGCAGUAGGGGAAUAGGAAUAUGUAGGAAAGAGUGGGGUUUACAUUCCUUCUUGAAGAGCCCUAAGGAUUUGCUGAGGCAGAAUUGGAGGUGGGGAAUUAGGGGUGGAAAGACGCAAGACUUUUCCUGGCUUGUAGAAUGAUGUAUGGAAAUAAAGUGGGAGGAAAAGUAAUUUUUGCAUGAGCCAUUGAGGGAAAAUGAGAAUGCAGGAUGGAGCUGGAUGACACUGCAGGUGGGAGGGCAGGUAGUGAGAAUAAAUAACUGAUCAGGGCAAAGAGUCUUGGGACCAAGGUCAGUUUGUGGAAUUCAAAGCCAUGAUGAGUAAGGUCAGUGGUAGCCAUCAGUUUAGGUUCAAGAUGUAGGGCCUGCCUUAGAACAAGACAGGAUGCAUUAAGGCUUACAUGACAAGGUUGACUGUGGGGUUUGAUAAGACAAUAGCGAGAAUCCAGAAUGAUAAGCCUAGGAGUAGUGUGGGGAGAUAAGAACAACAAGCUGUGAUGCUGUAAGGAUCAGUGGCUGGAGCCAGCAUACCCAGGUGAGACCAGAAAAAAAAAGAAUAGAUAAGCUAAGGAUGCUAUCAGACUAUCAGGGUGGAAGUGUAUGAAGAGAUGUUGGAAAUUCAAAUUGAGUACAUUUCUUCUGAGGGGAUUUCUGAGUGGAGGGAAAUAGAUGCCUACAAUUGUUACCCACACAUCUUUGUAUCAUUUAAAACACAAAUUAGUUCCAACGCUACCUCUAUUUUCUUUUGCCAGAAAGUGAGGUGAUCUAUUUGUUUAAACCCUUUUUUAAACACAUAAACUUAGGCUUAAUUGUGUUGCAGCAUCCUGAAUGCAUUAUGUUCAUCUGCUCACCUGACCAGGCAGAAGUGUCCACUACAACUUGAGCACUGACAUCUCACAACUGAAACUGUGAUUGGUUCAUAUAGUGGAAGACCUCCCCAGACUAUCAAUAUUUAACCUCAAAAAGUAGAAAAAUGCAGUGUGUGUGAUAUCAAUGUAAAGCAGAUAUAAAUCACUCUGUUCAUGAAUAAAAUUACCUACAAUAAAAAACGCCUUCAGCUCUGCAUGGGAGGAAUCUCUUUUCUGUGUCGGUUUCUUUUCUGUGCUUUUGCUAAUUUAUUUUGAUUCCUGUGAAGCAUCACUUUCUCUUAGUCUAACAGUUGUGCAUGGUACUGUGUGCUAUUUCUAGGACUUUAGUUCUGUGAUUUUGGGUGGCUUCAAUUUGUGGACUGAAACUGGAAGUUUUGAAAUUCAGGUUGCAGUUGAAGCAUCAGGCAUAAAAUCAGCUUGUAAGGACAGCAGAACAAAGUAUCUAGGAAAGAUGUCUUACAGGGUUAAGAAAAUGCUUUCCAGUGCUGAUGUCAUCAGGCUGCAAUGAGUGAAAAUGUUAGAUAGGGAAGGAAAGUUGGUGGGUUUGGAAGUGGGUAAGAAGUGCAGGCUUCUUGUAACUGAGGUAAAUGCAGAGGAAGGGAUGCUGCAAGUCUCUGGUUGCAGAUGUCUGGGGAGGUGGUGGAGGAGGUAAAGGAACAUUUUUGGACAAUGUCAUGAAACUGGGUGAGAGCAGGAGGACAGUUCUGGUAUGAGCAAAAGUAGAGUAAUACAGAGUCUGUCAUCUAGUAUCUGUGCCUAUUGAGGCCUGGAGAUAUUUACCUUAAGUGGACUAAGUCAUUGCUCUUGAUGGCCCUCCCAGCUAAGACUGCCAGUAGAGUGGCUUUCCCUCUUCACCAAGACAGAAUUGAUCACUGGAUGCCGUCUCGAUCCACAACUAUUUUGAUAUCUGAUUCCUCUACAUUGUCUGUCCCUCUUGCCUUUUUCCUCCCAUUUGUCUCUGUACAUGGAGGUCUUGUAACUAUAUGUCCCCACAAUUCUGCUACACCUCCCAUGCUAACAGCCCUCCCCAUUACCUUAAGACUGCUUAGAUCCUCCCAUGUACUUUUCUUUAUGGAUUAUGAGCUGCUGUCAGAAAAAAACCACUAGUCUUUAUAUCCACUACCACCCUCUCCUAUCCCUCUCCUCUCCAUCUGGUAUUAGGGUAGAGCGUGUGCCUUGUUCAGCUGGCUAGUUCUGGCAUAAAACUGGACUGGUAUAGGAGCGAGAGAGCUGUGCCCAUGUUAGAUGUGUGUAUCUGUGCGGGUGAGGGGCAUCUGAGGCAGGCACCCUUUCCUCCUUUUAUCAGACUGCACUCAUUUAUUAUACCAUCUGUUUUCCCAGUGCCAGAGAUGAUGCUGGGGAUAUGUGACUUGGGCCACUCAGGCAGAAACUGGCCUGCACAAGGCCAGCCAUGUGUUUGCCUCCUAGCAAUGCAGCGGUCAGCAGCAAAUUCUUUGCUGCCGCCUCCUCUCAGUAUGGGAGAGAGCAAGCAUGGGCCUGGGUGUGUAGGAGACACAAAGAGAUGAACUGUGCGAAGGGGAGGGAAGAAGGGGAGAGAGAUGGACUAGGGUAUGUGUGUGUAUCAGCUGGAGAGAACUGUGGGAAGGAGGGACAGACAGAUACGGGCAGAGUGGGGGAGAAGGAAAGAGUAAUAGAAUGUAGAAAGGGACAGACAGAAGAACUUGGCAGAGGGAGACAAAUAAAUGGGCUGGCUGGGGCACAACAAGAAAAAGGCUGUAAAGGAAGGAAAUACAGGCAGAUUUGGCAGGUGUGUGGUGUGGAAAUAGAUGGAUUGUCUGGGGGAGAGAGAUGUGUGUCAGCUAAGUACUACAGUAAUAGCCUGAUGACCAUAGCUGUGGGGACCGACUACUGGCUUUACUCCAGAGGGGUUUGCAAGACUAAAACUGUCAGUGAGAACGAAACCAGCAAAAAGAACGAGGAAGUCAUGACCCAUUCUGGAUUAUGGAGAACCUGCUGCCUGGAAGGGGCUGUUAGAGCCUCUAGUAUUUUCCCGAUCCUGAGUGUGAUUCUGCUUUUCAUGGGUGGACUCUGCAUUGCAGCCAGCGAGUUCUACAAAACCCGACACAACAUCAUCCUUAGUGCCGGCAUCUUCUUCGUGUCUGCAGGUCUGAGUAAUAUAAUUGGCAUCAUCGUAUACAUAUCAGCCAACGCUGGAGACCCCUCCAAGAGUGACUCCAAGAAGAACAGCUACUCCUACGGCUGGUCCUUCUACUUUGGGGCCCUGUCCUUCAUUAUAGCUGAGAUGGUGGGAGUGCUGGCUGUCCACAUGUUCAUAGACCGGCACAAACAGCUGCGCGCCAAUGCUCGUGCCACGGACUACCUCCAGUCCUCCGCCAUCACCCGCAUCCCCAGCUACCGGUACCGCUAUCAGAGACGCAGCCGCUCCAGCUCCCGCUCCACCGAGCCUUCACACUCCAGGGAUGCCUCUCCUGUCGGGAUCAAAGGGUUCAACACCCUCCCAUCAACAGAGAUUUCAAUGUACACCCUGACCAGGGAUCCGCUGAAGGCAACCACCACCCCCACCACCACCUACAACUCCGACAGGGAUAACAGUUUCCUCCAGGUUCACAACUGUAUCCAGAAAGAGAACAAGGACUCUAUCCACACCAACACAGCCAACCGCCGGACCACCCCGGUAUGAAGCUGUCACCAGGAGCUGAAAAUGGGGCAGGAGCAGGCAGGAGGAGACAGGGUGGGCUGCGGGAUGGGGUGGGUGGAAGGGGGCAGCAGGGUGGUGGGAAGAAGGAGGU